UCUUAAAGUCUUAUUUUUGGCCAGAACAAGGUGGGUAAGGCACUGCUGGUUGUGUGUUUCCAGUGGAAGAGUUAAAUUGAUUGACAUCAUAUGCUUACAUACCAAACAUUUAGGUGUGACUUAUUUGGGAGCAGUGAUGGUAGUGGAGCAAGUGAUGCUUGUAAAAGUAAAUAUAUUCAUUUAAUAAUGGGCCUUUGUAAAUAACAUACCAUAAAAGUGACUCACUAAAUAUAUUUGCUCUCUGAAGUACUUAACAAAUUUCAUGACAAAGGACAAUGAGGAAAAAGCCACCAACUGUACAGACAUCUCUUUGUGAACUACUGUAACAUAAACACUUCUAUAAUAAAAUUAUAUUUCAUCUUUUCCUGGCUUAAUACAAAAUUGUCAUAUUACCUGUGCUUGCACUUUCUGAGGAGUUUAGUAGUAUUUUCUGGAGACUCAAAGUACUGAAGCACACUUUGUAUUAUUGUCUCUUGUUUUCAUGUUUUAGGCCCUUCAUCAUUUACCUUGGUGAGGUGAGAUUUCCAUGUUGACCUGUCCCACAACUGGAACAAACACCCAGCAGUGCUGAGCAGUAGAAAUGUACAUUAAAAUGUUACUGAACUCUUCAGGUACAGAGAUGUGGGUACUCAUUGAAAUUCACAAGUUACUGUUUGAACCCAAACAUUCUCUCUGGCACUAUAGCAGCUCAGGAAGAAGGUUUUAAUUUACCUCCAAACAAUUCUGAGCUACAGGGUGUUUAAAACUUCAUUCUAAUGCUUCUCUGAACACAGUGAAUGCACUCUGUCUGUAAGGGAGUACAUUAAUGCAUAUCCAUAUUUUCAAGACACGAUGCUGCCAUUUCCAGAUUAUUUUUUUUCAGUCAAGGCCUGUAUAGCAUAAAGCCAGAGUUCCCAUAAAUAGUGAUCUCCUUGAAUGUUUCCUUUAUUUCCUCUUUAUUUCUCAUUGGACUGGUUGAGUUCCCCCAUUUCUCAGGGAGCAGGCUUUGUCCUACUUUAAUGUUUGCAUUUUUGUUUUCUUUGUGCUUCACACUGAAUGUGAUGGACAGCUUUUGUUAACCCAAAACGUGGCUUUCUGAGCCAGUCACACACCCUGCUUCAGGCCAUGCACCUGACAAACCCUCUGCAUCCUGACAGGAGUGGGAUUUCGUGCCACAAACACUUUCUAGGAUGGUGACAACUGGUGUGGUUCUACCUAGCCUUAGAUUAGCAUUUAUCUCUUUUUAGCAUUUCUGCAAGAUUUGUUGCUCUUCUGGGUUGUAGCCAAAAUUUUUUGUCUCACUGGAGUCUGAAGUGGUCUAAAUAAUGUUGUGCUGAAUCUAAGUGAUAACUCAGUGAGAUGCAGUUAGCACAGCUCUGCAGCAUUAAGAUUUGUAAGCAAAACAUGGGCCUGCCUACCAAAAUGUUUAGUUUGCCAGAACCCACUCCAGUGUGCUUUUAUCACUUCUAAACCCUCAAUUCCAGAACACCUGUUAACCUCAGAAAUCCACACAAAUUACUGGAGGAAGUACUGUUUCAAAAAUGAUUAAAUUCAAUGUUCCUCUGCAUGUGGCGUAUUUUUUCUGUCUACCUGACACUGAAAUUUGAAGAGUAAUUUAGGCUACAAUAAUGAGGCACUGCAGUUUUUGAUGACCACUUUUCCCUGUCUUCUCCAGCCUUUGGGAUCUGUGUGACUCUGGUGAAUUAUAUCUGGCAAUCAGACUGGGUUACGAGCUAAAAAGUGAUUUUUCUGUCCAGUCAGCCACCAAAGCCCUGCAGCUGUUCUCAAUACUGUCACAAGCUGUAGGAACAAGUUCAGGUGGGUAUUUACAUCAGCCUCCUGUUUCCUGUUCAUCUGCCAGGACUCCCUAGAGGGGCCUCUCCUCUCCCUGCCCGCUGCCCCACUCGCUGUUCAGUGUUUCUGGAAUUGGGGUGCAUCCCGUUUAUCCUGAAAACUGGCUUGGUGCUGUGGAUACAUUUUUCUUCCUCCAGAGUUCAAGUUUGUUCUUUUUCCUGUUUUGCUGUGUCUAUGGAUUUUACCUGCUGCUGUGUUUUUUUUUGGUUUUUUUUUGCCAGACCUUUCCCCUGGUCUUCCACACCUUUGGCUCUGCUUCAAUAUGUGGCGUUCAUGAUGCGGUCUUUGGACAUCGCAUUGCUUUGUUCUUUGGACUAGCACGUUCCUCUGGCUGUGGUGGUGGUUGGCAUCUUAUUGCACGUUCCUCUGGCUGUGGUGGUGGCUGGCAUCUUACCCACCUGUACAUUUUGUCCUAACGGUGUUCCUGCCCUGAGCACGGGGCACCUCGCGGUGAUAUCGGCAGGCAGAGGCUGUGAUGCUCUUCUCGGAGGCCUUCGAGUUAAUGUUUCCUGGCCGCGAUCUCAGCGCGUCAUCUCUGUGCCUGAGUAACGAGAGGUGUGGGAAGGCACCCAAACCGCGUGGCUCGGUAGCCAAGUGCCCUCUGCCCGGGCACGGCCGGUUAGGCUGGCCCGUCCCCGCUCCAUCCCCGCUCGGUUCGGGGCCGCUCCGCUCCAUCCCGGCUCCAUCCCCGCUCGGUUCGGGGCCGCUCCGCUCCGUCCCCGCUCCGUCCCCGCUCCAUCCCGGCUCCAUCCCCGCUCCGCAGCGCCGUUUCCGGCAGCCGGGCAGGUGAGAGCAGAGCAGAGCGGAGCGAUGAGGCUGCUGCUGCUGGCGUGUCUGCGGGCACGCACCGGCAACGCCACCACGGCCGCCAGGAUCCGGAAUCAUCUUCAUGCUGCUGGCCAUAUCUGUGUUCUUAAGGAUGCUUUCAUGUAUGAGAGUCCAGCUGAAAUAGCAAAUCUGACCUCCACAGACAAGUUUGAUGCAGCCCUGGCCAUUCACCUCUACAAAGCAGGCAGACUGCUGCAAGGGAGCAGAAUUCCUUUUGGAAUCAUCUUUGGUGGCACAGAUGUAAAUGAAGAUCUGAAAUGUAAAGAGAAACUCCAGGUAAUGGGAGCAGUGCUGGAGGAAGCCAGGUUUGCAGUGGCUUUCACAGUGGAGAUGAAGGAGCUGGCAGCAGCAGAGUGGCCAGAUGCCAGGAAGAAAAUCUAUGUCCAAAGUCAAGGAAUUAAGACUUCACCCAGUGCAACAUUUGACUGGUACAGAUUUCUACAAAGUGCAGGCAUUCCUGCAGACACAGAGAGUUUGCAUCUGUUCCUUUUGGUGUGUGGGCUCCGAAGAGUCAAAGACCCCCUGUACUUAGUAGAGGUUUUCUCAGACUGGCACAGAAAGGAUCCCAGUGUCCACCUGGGCAUUAUUGGACCUGCAGUUGAUCCAGUUUUUACCAGUGAAGUUAAGGAGAAAGUUAAAAGGGCCCCAGGGGUGCAUGUGCUGCAGGAGCUGCCCCAGGAGGAGCUGCAGGCUGCAGUCUGCAGGUGCUGUGCCCUGGUGAACAGCUCCAUCUCAGAGGGGAUGUCUGCUGCCAUCCUGGAGGCAAUGGAUUUAGGUAUUCCAGUGCUGGCAAGGAACAUUCCUGGGAAUGCAGCAAUAAUAAAACACAAGGAAACAGGGCUGCUGUUCUCAACUCCCCAGGAGUUUGUUGUGCUGUCCAAGAGUUUGAUGAGUGACCCCAUUAUGAGACAGGAACUGACAACAAGGGCCAAGGACUAUGUGAAGAAGCAGCAUUGCUGGGAAGGGGAAAGGAAAACCUACCAGGACCUGGUGCUGGGACUGCAGUGACCUGCAGGGCUGAGCUGGGAGCACACAGCCUUGUGGCAGAGGGGCUGGGCACACACACUCACACACACCUGAGCCAGGUACACACACACCUGAGCCAGGUAAAAACACACCUGAGCCAGGUACACACACACACACACCCGAGCCAGGUACACACCCGAGCCAGGUACACACACACACACACACACCUGAGCCAGGUAAAAACUCACACCUGAGCCAGGUACACACACACCUGAGCCAGGUACACACCUGAGCCAGGUACACACACACCUGAGCCAGGUACACACACACCUGAGCCAGGUACACACCUGAGCCAGGUACACACACACCUGAGCCAGGUACACACACACCUGAGCCAGGUAAAAACACACCUGAGCCAGGUACACACACACACACACCCGAGCCAGGUACACACCUGAGACAGGUACACACACACCUGAGCCAGGUAAAAACUCACACCUGAGCCAGGUACACACACACCUGAGCCAGGUACACACCUGAGCCAGGUACACACACACCUGAGCCAGGUACACACACACACACACACACACCUGAGCCAGAUACACACCUGAGCCAGGUAAAAACACACCUGAGCCAGGUACACACACACACACACACACACCUGAGCCAGAUACACACUUGAGCCAGGUACACACACACCUGAGCCAGGUACACACCUGAGCCAGGUACACACACCUGAGCCAGGUACACACACCUGAGCCAGCCCCCUCCCUGAGCCCUGCCCUGCUGCAGCAGGUCCCAGUGCUGGUGCUGGGGCAGGGAGGGGCACAGGGGCAGUUCUGUGCUGCCCCCCCAGCCCAGCUCCCUGUGCUGGGCCCACACCUGCCCCCAGUGCCAGGGCUGUGCCAGAGCUGUGCCAGAGCUGUGCCAGAGCUGUCAGAUCUGUGCCAGAGCUGUGCCAGGGCUGUGCCAGGGCUGUGCCAGAACUGUGCCAGGGCUGUGCCAGAGCUGUCAGAUCUCUGCUUUCCUACACAAACUACCUCUUGCUUUGCCAGUGCCAUUGGUACCUCUGUGAUUCACUUAUUUAUUAAAAGAUUGAUGGGCCCUGUAAGAAGGGGUGUGGAGGUAUUUUCAGUUACUGUGUGUUUUGGUUCUGUUUGUUCUUAUUUGUGGAUCUAUUUCAAUAUAAUGCAGCAGGCUGAGCUUAAAGUGAGACUGAUCUCUGCUUCAUCCCUGCCAGCCCAGGGACUGUGGACACAUCUUUGAGUUUAAUUGGUCAUCAAAGGACUUGCAUCUAGAGGGAAAAAACCAAACCAUGAGGGUCAUGUUUCUAAUAAUUUCUUAUUAGAAACUUUGCUUUGAACAGUCACAGAUGAUGUUUUCUGUUGACUUCAGUGGCUGCUGUGUCAGAUUUUCUUUGCAAUCAUGAAGUUCUCUGUGUAUUUUAAUCUCUCCUCUCUGUGUUGGAUGUUCUGCAAGGUUCUGGUGCAGUAAACAAGAAAGGAGUUUGAA